GACUGAGCCGGGGGCCCAACGGCCAGGCCCGGCCCCUGCCCCUGCCCCUGCCCGCCCCCAUGGCUCUGCAGAGGCUGUGCCGGGGCGCCGGGGCGCUCGGCUGCAGGAGGAGCUCCGGCCUGCAGGGCCAGAUGCUGGGAGAACUGGUGGAGGCCCUGCGAGCUGUAGUGGGGAGCCCAAACGUGUCCACAGCCCUGGCUGUCCGGGAGCAGCAUGGGAGGGAUGAAUCCAUGCACAGGUGCAGCCCGCCAGACGCCGUGGUCUGGCCGCAGGAUGUGGAACAGGUCAGCAAGCUGGCGGGGAUCUGCUACAGUCACGGUGUCCCCAUCAUCCCCUUCAGCACUGGCACGGGCCUGGAGGGCGGCGUCACGGCAGUGAGAGGCGGCGUGUGCUUUAACCUGACCCGAAUGGAUCGCAUCACAGCGCUCAGCACUGAGGACUUCACUGUGGCCGUGGAGCCGGGGGUGACCCGCAAAGCGCUCAACAGUUACCUGCGGGACACUGGCCUCUGGUUCCCUGUUGACCCUGGCGCCGACGCCUCCUUGUGCGGCAUGGCGGCCACCAGCGCCUCAGGCACCAAUGCCGUGCGCUACGGCACCAUGCGCCACAACGUGCUCAACCUGCAGGUGGUGCUGGCCGAUGGCAGGGUGCUGCACACGGCCGGCCGGGGCCGCCACUUCAGGUACCGGGGGCUGCGGCUCAGGGGUGGGGGGCACCAGGGGACUCCUGCUCCGAGAUCUCAUUCCAGCCACUUGCCCUGCUGCAGGAAGAGCGCUGCUGGCUACAACCUGACGGGGCUGUUUGUGGGCUCCGAGGGGACGCUUGGCCUCAUCACUCAGGCUACGCUGCGUCUUCAUGGCAGCCCUGAGGCCAUGGUGGCGGCCGUGUGCGCCUUCCCCAGCGUGCAUGCGGCGGUGGGCUGCACGGUGCAGGUGCUGCAGGCCGGUAUCCCCGUGGCCCGGAUUGAGUUCCUGGACGAUGUCAUGAUGGCCGCCUGUAAUCGGUUCAGCGGCCUGAGCUACGCCGUGUCCCCCACACUCUUCCUGGAGUUCCACGGCUCGCCCGGCAGUGUGGAGGAGCAGGUCCGGCAGGCAGGGGAGAUCAUGCAGCUGAACGGUGGCUCGGACUUUGCCUGGGCCCGGGAACCGGAGGCGAGGAACAAGCUGUGGGCUGCUCGGCACAACGCCUGGUAUGCAGCCUUGGCCCUGCGCCCUGGGAGCAAGGGCUACUCCACAGAUGUGUGCGUCCCCAUCUCCCGGCUGCCCCACAUCGUGGGAGAGACACACAGAGACCUGCAGGAGUCAGGGCUCACAGGCCUGAUAGUCGGGCACGUGGGUGACGGGAACUUUCACUGCAUCUUGGUGUUCGACCCAGCCGACCUGGACGAGAUCCAGCGUGUCAAGGAAUUUGCAACCCGACUGGCCAGACAGGCCCUGGCCCUGGGCGGAACCUGUACAGGCGAGCAUGGCAUCGGGCUGGGCAAGCGCCAUCUGCUCUGGGAGGAGAUUGGGGAGCUGGGACUGACCAUCAUGAGGCAGAUCAAGGCCAUGCUGGACCCCAAGAACCUCAUGAACCCCGGGAAGGUGCUGUGAGGGGUAUCUCCCACCCUUGCCCAGCCAGCCCAGAGCACCCAGCGCUGGGAAGGCAGGUUCCCUCCCCCUCCCCAUGCAGACAGCGACUCAGAACAGAGGCCAGGGGGAGCCCCCAAGUCUCGACCCUUGAGCCCAGUGGAUUGUUUAUGCCACAGGAAGGAGGGACUGGAAGCAGUAGAAAGCGGCAGGCUUACUGUCAGCAAACCCCUCUUCGCCCCCUCACCUCUCCUGGCCCUGGGCUCCGCCCCCAGAUCUGCUACUGCCCCCCUUCACCUCUCCCAGCCCUGGGCUCCCCGUUCACCUCUGCCUCACCCACCCCCCGCCUCUCUCCGCCCUACAAAUCCCCAGCUCUGCCCCAGCUCCCCCCACCCUCUCCCAGCCCUGUGACUCUCCCUAGCUUUGCUAUUGUCCCCCCUUCAUGUCUUUCAGCCCCACACGUCCCACCCUCAGCUCUCCCUCAGCCCCCCUGCCUCUCCCAGCCUUAGGACCCCCACCCCAGCUUUGCCAGUGGCCUUGUGACAAUGUAGGAAAUUUUCUUAACAGUUUGUAUGAAUACUGUGUGGGCCUCA